UCUGAUAGCCAUCCGUUAAGCCACCCAUCACCCAUGUCUCUUCUCUUUUCCUUUCUCACCAACUUUUAGAGGGAGAGAGAGACAAAAUAAGCACAGAGAGACUCCACUACUCUAAAAAAGAAAAUUAUAAUCCCAACCCAAGCUAAGCUUAUCAUCUAUCUAUCUAUCUUUUCAUUUCUUCACUAUUUCCCGAUGGGGGAGGAGGAGAAGAAGGCGGAGGAUGUGAAAAAGCCGGAGGAGGGCCCACCGGCGGCUGACGGUGACAAGAAAACGGAGGCGGCGGAGGAAUCGAAAGACGCGCCACCGCCACCGCCGCCGCCGCUGCCGCAGGAGAUUGUGCUUAAAGUGUACAUGCAUUGCGAGGGGUGUGCUCGGAAAGUUCGCCGGUGCCUUAAAGGCUUUGACGGAGUUGAAGAUGUGGUGACGGAUUGCAAGAGCCACAAGGUGGUGGUGAAGGGGGAGAAGGCAGAUCCACUCAAGGUGGUGGCGAGGGUGCAGAAGAAGAGCCACCGUCAGGUGGAGCUCAUCUCUCCCAUUCCGCCGCCGCCCGCCGACGAGGCCAAAAAGCCGCCGGAGGAAGCCGUUAAGCCCGAGGAGAAAAAGGAGGAGCCCCAGGUGAUCACUGUGGUUCUGAAUGUCCAUAUGCACUGUGAGGCAUGUGCCCAAGAAAUCAAGAGGAGGAUUCAGAGGAUGAAAGGUGUUGAAAAUGUUGAGCCUGACUUUAAGGGCUCGUUGGUGACGGUGAAGGGUGUGUUUGAGCCGCCAAGCCUAGUGGAAUAUGUGGCCAAGAGGACGGGGAAGAGGGCGGCGAUUGUGAAGGUGGAGCCGGAGAAGAAGGCGGAGGAGGCGGCCGCAGGGGAGGCGGGGGCGGAGGAGAAGCCGAAGGAAGGGAAAGAAGAGAAGGCGGCGGCAGGGGAAGGCGAGAAGGAAGAGAAGAAAGGCGAGGGGGACGAGGCGGGCCCCAAAGAAAAGAAGGAAGGCGGUGGAGAAGGAGGAGGAGGAGCAGAGGAAGCAGAGGCCGCCCUCGCGAAGGCGGGGGCCACCGUGGUGGAAGUGGAAGAAGACCCGAAACUCGAAAUGAAGAAGAAUGAGCUUUUCUACUACUACUACCCUCCCCAAAACUACUACCACCACAACCCUGCCCCCCUAAGUUUUGCUCAAGAAAUGUAUGGAUACGGGUAUGGGUCCGGGUCAGGGUCAGGGUAUGGGUAUCCGCCACAUCCUCCACAGAUGUUCAGUGAUGAGAACCCUAAUGCAUGUUCAGUGAUGUAAAUGAAGUGAAGGGUAGAAUGGGGAAUAUAAUGAAAGAAUGAAUGAGCUGAGCAAAAAUGGUGAGUGAUGUGCAUGGAGGAUGGGCCAUUGUUUCUUGUUUGGUGCCUCUCAUGUGGCCCUGUCGUCUACUCGCCUCUCAAAAUCACUUUUAAUUGCUUCCUUUUUGUUUAUUAUAAUGCUUUGUUCCAUACCCCUACCUAGCUAGCUGCUGUUAAGUGUUAACUAAUAAUAUUAUACUCUCAUUUAGUCCUGUUAUUAAAUAAAAUUUCUAAUCUUGUAAUAAUAUAUAUACUUGCUACUCUCUAUUAUAUUCACUCUUGUAUACUUUUUAAAAA